AUGACAGGGGACCUUAGUAAUAGUUUUAGAUAUUUUUUUUUUCAUACUUUUUCAAUUUUUCGACUUAUUUUGGUGAUUUCAGUGCCUCUCAGCGCCGUUGGCCAGGCCUCUGGCCAAAACCCCGCCCGCACCGUUCAGGCCGACCAUCUGCCGGCGGUUGCGGGCUCCCCCCUGGCGAUGAUGGCACAGACGCCGGAGCCAAUAGCAGAAGAGAACACCAAGCUCAAGGAGAAGCUCGAAGAAAUGAAGGCAUCGAUGGAGGCCACAGAACAAUUGUGGCUCGCUGAAAUGGAAAGAGCCCACAAGGCCGAAAACGAUCUCGAAGCGGCUCUAAUCGAAUUGAAGAGAGAAAAGGAAGAGAACUCGCGCCUUAAGCGGCGACUCUGUGAACAUCUGAAGACAGCGGAUGCCGAUGCCCGACCACCAAGAGGCGGCCGCGACCGUUCACGAAGUCCGCUGGUUCAAACGGCGCGAUCUGCGACGCCCGAAGUCAAAACUGAAUCCUCCUUGCCUGAAGCCCAAAUCGAUCGACAACCACAGCAGCCUUCACAACAAAACGACGUCCUGCCCGUUGAAGCCCAAGCACCACAACACGAGGCGCCGGGGCCCCUGCGAAGAAUGCCAAAGUGCCGACGACGCUGCUGUUACCAGCCUCCUGCUCCACAAGUUGUUCCUCGGCCUCCCCGAAGAUCAAGGGAGGUCGAAAAACUCGGGCCCAUCAUAGAGGAUGUGGUCUUUGAAGACCGGCCCAGAAGAAGCCGCCAGCCUCCGGCAAGGCUCGUCGUGAACAUGGCCCGCCGAAGCUAUGCGGCGAUAAGGAAUUCGCUCAUGCCUAGUAAGUUUAUUGGCUCUUGUUUUUUACUUUUUUGGCGAAAACCCUCUAGAAAUAAACCAAACUGAGGUGUUUUCUGAAGAAAAAAGACGUCGAUAUAGGGCUCGUGCUUUAUAAGUUUCGUCGGCUUUGCAAAAAAAUGUUGCAAAAAGGCGUUCAGAAUUCGCUCUGAACGCCAUUUUGCAAAAUCAGUUCAAAUCGUGAACGCCUUUUUGCAACAUCAGUUCACCCCGUGAACUGAUGUUGCAAUAAUCAGUUCACGAUUUUUCACGAUUUGAACUGAUGUUGCAAAGCCGACGAAACUUAUAAAGCACGAGCCCUAUAUAUAAUUCUCAAUAAUAUCUUUUUUUUCAGGCAGAAGAACUCAAGUUCCGCCGAAUGAUCCAGUUCCUUGGAACCUUGGAUAA